AACUUUCCCUAGGUAGCGAUCUAAGAAUGGUAGUGGUGGAUACGAACCUGGAAACCGCUACUAGUUAAGUUGUGCCCCCUGCGGACUGCAAUUUUGUGACGCGACUCUUCUUCCUCAAACACACUUCAACAACAACCUAAGAAUUAGGUCCCGAACACUUCCUACCCUCACGUUACAAUAUAUCGCCCCAAACCACUGCCAUGGUAAAAUUCCCAAAACCAUCAGUAGCAAAACGUGAGAGCACGUAUAGCUCCCUACGAACUCGUCGUACCAAACGCGCUAAAUCCUCCUCUGCCAUCCUUCCAUUCCGAUUCCUAGACCUUCCACGAGAGCUCCGCGACCAAAUCUACGCCGAGGUAUGGGAAGAUUCUGAAGCGCUCCAAGUCGUGUACAAUGGAAUUAUUUUCGAGGCCAACCACUGUUCCCCUACAGCCCCACCAGAUACUAUAAGCAGGAACUGGAGCCGUCGUGAUAUGUGGCUCUUGGCAAACAAGCAGAUUUUACGAGAAGGCAUCGAGACGUUCCAACGAGACGCCUACUAUGUUUGUUACAUGCAAUCAGCCCGGAAGCCUAAUUUCAGCCAAUGGAAUUUACGACCACUGUUAAACCCAUCUGCAGGAAAGAGCCUCGACCUCUUCGGUCUCAUCAAAGAAGAAACCAUGCGCGAACUCGACACGACGUUUGGCUACCACCUCCGCAACGACGGUCGCAGCGUCGAAGGCCGUCUUGAACUCUUCGAAGGGGACAUCAAAGCCCUCCAGAAUCUCCGAGCUGUGAUAGGCCCUGCGUCUAGCUUGCAGGAACUCUGCAUCCGCAUCGACGUGUCAAAAUACUACCGAUUAGAGGUUGAUGAAGGGUGUGUUCCUAUCUCGACCGAUCUCCGGCCCUUGGAACUUCUUAAUACGGCGACGAAUUUACGGCAGGUGCAUGUUUGGAUGAGUACGCGCAUGAGAUUUCUCCCACGUCCGAUGCAUUAUAUUCAUAGUGAUACUUUGACGAUUAUUGGAGCGGAGAUCGCGAGGGUUGGGAAGGUGUUGGUCGGAGAGGGGUCGGUUACACAGUUGGUCUCGACGGUGCUGUCGAAUACACAGCAAAAGUGGAAGUACGAGAUUCGACGAGCUUGA